CUCAUGGUGAGUUCAAACAUCCAUGGUGAAAACAUGUCGCCUCGUGUUUGACAGGUGUCACACAUGAGCCUCUGAGUUUGGCACCAGCUGUGACACAUAUAUACAUAUACAUUCUCUAGUUACACCUCUGUGUCUAGUGAGGUGCAACCCACAUAUUCAGCAUGUCCUCCCAGGAAGAUGUGGCUGCAGAGCCAGGCCCUGCCACUGAGGAUGAUGCCACCACUGGGGACGUCAUCACUGUCACCAUUGGAGCAACCGUGCCCACAGGGUUUGAGCACACUGCUGCAGAGGAGGUCAAGGAGAAAAUUGGGGUUGAUGUACGAAUCAGCAAAGAUCGUGGUCGCAUAUACUUUCCAAUAACUACUGACAAGCUUUUUCAGGUCCAUCUUCUGAGGUCUGUGGACAACCUGUUUGUCGUGGUUGAGGAAUUCGAUAAUUACCAGUUCAAAGAAUCAAAGGAGGAGACUUUGAUGGAGUUGCAGCAGCUUGCCUCCAAACUCCCCUGGACUAAUGCUUUAGAGGUUUGGAAACUAAAUGGCACCCUAAAAAAGAAGAAAGGCUUCCGGAGAGGAGGAAAUAGCACCAAAGUCAAACCGAAUAGUGAGGCCACUGAUGCAACUGUGGCUGACAGCGAGCAGCAAGAGCCAUCUCAAGAGGCGUCUGAUGCUGAGAGCCAGAUGCAGGCAGAGAGCACGCCUGACGCAGAGGCCAGCACACAGGACUCAGAGGAGACAGCACCUGAGGCCAAGCUCAUCAAGUUUCGCGUGACGUGCAACAGGGCCGGUGACAAACACAGCUUUUCCUCUAAUGAGGUAGCCAGAGACUUUGGUGGAGCCGUGCAGGAAUUCUUCCAGUGGAAAGCAGACAUGACAAAGUUUGACAUCGAGGUGUUGGUAAACAUACACAAUGUAGAGAUGGUGAUCGGCAUUGCGCUCACAGAAGAGAGUCUUCACAGGAGAAACAUCAGUCACUUUGGACCCACGACUCUGCGGUCCACCUUGUGUUACGGCAUGCUCAGGCUGUGUAAACCUCAGUUAUCAGAUAUAAUAUUUGAUCCAAUGUGUGGGACUGGAGCUAUACCAUUGGAGGGGGCCAUUGAAUUUAACAGCUCAUUCUACGUUGCUGGUGACAACAACGACAUGGCAGUCAACCGCACUGUCAGUAAUAUAUGUCACAUCCAAAAACGGAGGGCAGACAAGGGCAGCGCAUCUGGAUUGCCCAUUGACACAGUGCAGUGGGAUCUGUGCAAUUUACCCAUAAGGACCGGCUCUGUUGACAUUGUCAUCACUGACAUGCCCUUUGGGAAGAGAAUGGGCUCUAGGAAGAAGAACUGGGACCUUUAUCCCUCCUGUCUGAGAGAAAUGGCCCGUGUGUGCACACCAGGCUCAGGGAAGGCUGUCCUGUUGACACAGGACAAGAAAUGCUUUGCCAAGGCUGUCUCCAGGAUGGGAGGGCUGUGGAGGAAGCUGCACAUUGUUUGGGUCAACGUCGGGGGUUUACAUGCUGGAGUCUACCUCCUCAAGCGGACUGCGGCCUUGUUUGGCCAAACUCCGGAGGACGUCUAUGAAUCACGGGGAACGGCUAAUGCAAAGGGGGAUGACAAGGAUGACAAGGAGCUCUCUUAAGUCACAUCCUGUAUUUUAAGUUCUGGAGUCAUAUCUGAGGCCAUGUAGGAUCAACAUUAUUAUUUAUAUUCCCUUGACUGAUUUAAUGGGGUUUUUUUUCAGGUUUCAGGUUCUCUGGUGAAGCUUGCCAAACAGUUUUAGUGUAUCAUUUUUGUAUUUCAUAUUAAGUUCGAUGGCUAACUGGAAAGUGAAAAGCUAUUGUAAUGCUUAGCAGCAGUUUAAUGGUUCUCACACAUACUGUUUGAUUGAGUUCAUGUGUCAUAUUGCUGCUCAGAGACAUGCUGAAGGUUGUUUCACUGCACACCUCAGACCUGCUGCACACCUCAGACAACUGCACAUUGCCAUAUUGUUCUGAUUAAUAAAUAAAAUUAAUCAAACAAAA